AUGGUUAUCUCUCUUGGUCUCGUCAUUAGCUUGAGUUUCUUGUGUGCCACCCUCCUCUUAGGACUUGCAGCAAAGCUGUAUUAUCUAUCAAGGUCGAAAAAACACCCUUCUCCUGUGAAGGUCAGCUGUUUGCAUGAACAGGAUUUAGAAGUAGGCGGAGACGAUGAAAAGAACACGCAGGAUCUGAAAAAUUGUUGCGGUGAAGGGGGUGUUGAUACAGAGCUUAUGAGGCUGCACAAUCUUAAUGGGCCGCCAAGAUUUCUCUUCACAAUCAAGGAAGAAACUAAGGAGGAGUUGGAAGAUAAGUGUUUGAAUGAUUUUCUUGAUCUUUCUCCUUUGGCUUCGCCAAACUCGAGAGUUGAGUCGUCUCAUGAAGGGAUUAGUACGUUGAGAUCUUCACCGCCUUCUAGGUUCAAGUUCCUGAGAGACGCGGAUGAGAGAUGGCUGAGGAAAAUGAUGGAACAAGUUGAGACCGUAGAAGUUGAGAAAAGAACUGGCCGGGCUGCACUUUGGUAG